CCGGAAUGUUGUUGUGUGGUCUGAACAUCGUGUUCCAUAUGAAAGGAUUGGGGCUGGUGUGACUGAAAGGAUUCUUCAUGUUCCAUUUCGAUGUAAUUCUCUUGAUGAUACCCCUGUGGCCUGACUCGCGGUUCGAAUUGUUCCUCAUGAUGGUGUUGAUAGUGAUGGAAACCAGGGUGGUGGUGAUGGUGGUGGUUGUGACCUUGCUGUUGUUCAUAAGCGCCACUUGGCUCUCCCAGAGUUUCGAAAUGAGGAGUAUCUUCGGAAUAGGGUUGAUGGUGAUGAGGAGUCCCAUGGAAUCCCUGUUGAUUUGUUUGCAUCAAUCGGUCCUCUAGUGCCUUUACAUUAUUUGUUUCGCGCUCUAAUCCAACUUCUAGUAAUUGGGUUGCAGUUUCGAAAUAUGAUCGUUCUAAACACAAGAAGUGAUGAGCCUCGGCUGCUUCCUCUCGUGCCUCUUCCACUUUCUGUUGGAGCCGCCCUCUCUCAAAUUCGAAACGCACACGUUCUUCUUCCAACUCUGCUUGUAGGCGUCGAUUCUCACUCGUGAGGAACACAAGACGAUCUGUAGUGCGCUUCAUCUUUUCAUCGUGGUUCUCAUCCCAGCUAACUUCGGUGUCUUCCGAGAGAUGGUCGUAUUGCAUUCUCUCUGCCAAAUGCGCCUUUUGAUUUCGUUCCUUAAGACGUUGUAGCUCUUGUUGUUGUUCGUCGAUGACUUUUUGUAGAUCUUCGCAUUCCUCCUCGUGGCUUUUUUCUGCCUUGUUCAUUGCGUCUGCCAUUUCAUUUUGAGGAAUAUAUACAUAUUGCGAUUUUGAUUCUACUUCCACGUCGACAACUUUCAUAUCAUUCGGCCGAGAGCGAUAAUAUUGUUCGUCUUGGAAACUCGUUUCUGCAGCAUAUCGAAGUGUUGUAGCGAUUGCGCCAAAAGAAGAACCAGAAGCCGAAGUAGACAGAGAUGGAUUCACGAAGCCCACCACAACGACCGUAGAAAGCAUAGAGACGCCAGUCAGAAAGACAACGAACACAAAAGGUCUGGAAGUCAUUGUAGAGUGGCGUUUGCCUUAACGAGUAUCGAAAGAUUUAUAUCGAAUACUUGUGAUAAUUGGUGAGUGUGAUGUUUAUAUGUCGUUUGCAAUGUUUAUGAUAUUUGUCUGUUGUACCGGUAGAAAAAUAUGUCCGGUGUGGUUUGAAGAAGAAAAGGAGUAUUUUUCGUCAUGCCUUGAGAGGAUCUAUUGGCCAUGUGUUCUUUCUCGCGAGAUGCGACAAUGCGGGAGAAGUCGCGGAAAAAUCACAUCAAUCAAUCAAAUCAAAUCAAAUCAGAAGGAAAAAAAAACGAUCUCUCGCUAAAAUCCAUCAACGGCUUACGUACGUAAGAAAACUUUUACAUUAGUUCUGUACUAGUAUGUUGAAUGCUGUAUUACCGUUCUUGUAUGGUAUGUAGUACGAUACGAGAAGUGCGUACAUUACUUGUACCGGUACGUACGAAGCACGGUACAUCUAAUCAAUGAUGGAAUCCAUCUCUUCGAAACUCCAAUCCACGGGGAAGCUGUUCCGUAAGUACCUUUACGAAGGGAUGAUUUGCGGUCGUUACGUAACUACCUACCUACCAGAUGGUACCUGUACUGCAUUGGAAGAAGUUUCUGGCGAAAUCAAGCAGGGCAAGAAUGAUCAUGGCUAACACGAUCUUUCAACCAUUUACAAUACGAGUACGAGCACUAGUAUUGAGACAACGAGUAACUCGUACGGUACCAUACGUAAUACCAAAGUACCACUUUCAUUUUUGUCCGUUGCGCCUAUUUAAAUACCUCAUUUUUUCAUUUACUAUGGGUCUCGACAGGUGCUCGACCGAGCAAAAAUUGGAUUACGUAAGUAAUACCAGGGGUCAUAAUUUAGAGGGGUGCGCAUCGCGUCGAAACUCAUAUUCCAUGUUAGGCACCAAUAAGAAAAAUUUCCCCCCAGGGAUUUUUUUGGAUUUCAAUUUUUAUUGCAUAUCACUGCAAAAAGUGAACCUGAAAGACCCCAUGCACAGGAAMACUUCCAAUCACUCUCUGAUUUUCAAACUUCACAUGCACAUCUCUCAUAUARUUGAGUGUCAAGUAGUAAGUAUAUUUUCACUGUUAUUGCUCUCUCCAGUUCAAACUUUAAGGUGCUGAUACAGGGCUGGUGGUAGUAACAGCCUAGUACYGUAUUUGCAGUAGAAAUAGUCUGUCCUUUGUCCAGUCAGUCCCACCAGUCUAGUCCUUAGCAAAAAUUCGAACUGUCUGUCCUUCAUCCGUUUCUCCCACUGAUUUCCCAGUAGUAAUUUCUACUAAUAAUCUAGUCAAUAUUCAACAGUGAAAAGGUACACUAUCAUUCCAUUUGAUACAUAAAAUAUUGGCAUAUUCAGAAUCCUCAUGAAAAAUUGGACUAGAGAGUGUACUCAAAAAUUCUAAUGUUAGUAUUUUUGAUAAUGUUGUAACUGCUUAAAGGUUGGAUAGYUUUACUAGUAUUAUGCAGUAAAAAUGAAUUUAAAAAAAAUCCCUGGGGGGAAAUUUUUCUUAUUGGUGCCUAACAUGGAAUAUGAGUUUUUCAAAAAAUGCUGGAAAACACUGCACGUCUUUGCAGGCGUUGCGCACCCCUCUAAAUUAUGACCCCUGAGUAAUACCCCAUGUACCUUACGUAGUACUGUACGUACCAGAUCAAUCAUCAUACGAGCACGAGUACAGUAUAGUACGUACGUACGGUAUGGGACGAGACCCGGUUUCCGAAACAACCAAAUCGGAUCUUUCGUUUAUUCUUCACUACUUCAGCAAAAUCAUCAAGAUGAUGACAUACUUUGCAAUCAUGUAAUCUUUUGAUCGAAGAUCGGUGCAACCCAGAAGCUCAUAGAUGCUUCUGGGGAGAUAAAACAGCAUUAUCAUAUUGUUACUUUAUUGAUCGAUCAAGCAAAAGCAUGGUGCUAAAAGCAAACUGCGUUCCCAAGAGACCACUUCAUUGAAUGCUACAAAGAAAAUGUCGGUAAUCGGGUUUCCGAUGGAUCUUCUUUGGACGAAAGGCUAUCGGGGACCAAAAUCCAGAUAUGAAGUCAAAUGCUUCCUUAUAUCAAAAGUUAUUUGCAUCUGACAGCGCCUACAGUGGGAAAAACGAGAAAGAUAGCAAACUUUGGUAUUCCUCCUCUCCAAAAUGCAACAUGCCUUUCCAUUGCUAACUGCCACUCCAAUAGAAUCGCCUCUUUCUGCUAUCGCAAUACAUAACCAAGGAUCUAGUAUGGAAAUUUUGAGCGAAAUAGAAAAUUUAAUAAAAUAAAAGACAGCAGCCGACACAUCAAAUGCAUUGUAGAUGGGUGUGGCUCAUCUACGGUAGUUCAAGGACAAGCAUAAUCCAAGGGUCGCCUCGAUGAUAGUUGCCUGCACAACGAAACGGACUUAGAUAAAUCUUAUAAUCACGGAGUCGUUGGCAACUUUGUCGGCAACAAUAGAAAAACACUUUCCAUGAGGUCGUCGUCAAAGAAAGCUGAAGAAGUUCAAGACGUGGUCAAGAAUGUGAAGGAGAAUUUCUUUGCGAUUGGACGGACAGCUAUCCGAAAGGAUGAAGACGGUUGCAGGAAGCUGCCCGUAGUGGGAUCUAGUGGUUUGGAGGGAUAUUGGAAAUUGCCUUUGAGCGAGCAUGGCGCAAUGACCUUUAGAGCAUUGAUCAGAAUGACGUUGUGUAAAGCGUAGAGAAUACAUAUAGCACAACUUCUCCCUUCGUAUAAAAUGAAUUCUGACAAUCUUUUGAAUCCGUAGAAUAUUGUCGUCUUUUCCUAACUGUACGACUUCGUUUUUUUUAGAAUUCGGAAAUCAAAGGUGCGGCCUAAGAGCAAGCAAAUGAAAAAUUUCAAACUAACUUCGAAUUGCGACACCUACUUAAAUCCCAAGUCAGGGAACCCGUCCUUUUCAGCUGUCGGACACAGAUUUGAAAUAAAUUUGAGUUACUUGACGCAAGUCCAGUAAACCCAAACCAUUCGUCACAGUUGCGAUACCUUUUUAAAAUGCUUGAAAACCAAGCGUUGCAGAUACUAAUGCAUAGUUUCAACUAUUCGAUAUUUUUGUUCAACUUAAAGGGGACAAGAUGUACUAUAGACAGACAAUAAUUUAGGAGGGAAAGUUGUUUUCUCCAUAAGAGUGGUCCUUACAAGGUUUCGAAAAGAACUCAACACGCCUCACAAUAUUAGGUUUUCAGCUUUUUUAGAAGCACUUGCGGUGGACAAUCGAUGGGCCAGCUUCGUCGUAUUCUUCUUUGCUGAUCCACAUACUUUGGAAGGUGGACAGAGAUGAAAGGAUGGAUCCUCCAAUCCACACAGAGUAUUUGCGUUCUGGAGGGGCAACAAUCUUCACCUUAAUAGAUGCAGGGGCCAACGCAGUAACUUCCUUAGACAUACGCUCGCUGAUUCCAGGGAACAUGGUGGUACCUCCGGAAAGAACAAUAUUGGCAUACAAGUCUUUUCGGAUAUCAACGUCACACUUCAUAAUAGUCUGGAAAGUACUGUCAGCAAUACCGUCCAUCUCAAGACCAGUCAAGUUAGGCUGGAACAAGACUUCAGGGCAUCGGAAUCGCUCGUUUCCAAUAACAAUGAUGUUACCAUCAGGCAACUCAAAGGAUUUCUCCAAAGCAGAAGACUCAGCGGCCUUCUUCAUCUCCUCUUCAAAGUCGACAGCAAUGAAACAAAGGGAUUCCUUGAUAUCACGGACGAUUUCACGCUCGGCAGUGGUUGUCAACGAGUAACCACGCUCGGUCAAAAUCUUCACCAAGUAAUCAGUCAAGUCACGUCCGGCAAGAUCCAUACGGACAACUGCGUGGGGAAGAGCAUAUCCCUCGUAGAUAGGGACAGUGUGCGACACACCAUCUCCGGAAUCCAAAACACAACCGGUAGUACGUCCAGAGGCAUACAAAGAAAGGACAGCUUGGAUGUUGACAUACAUAGCAGGAACGUUGAAAGUUUCAAACAUGAUCUGGGUCAUUCUCUCUCUGUUGGCCUUAGGAUUCAUGGGGGCCUCAGUGAGAAGGACAGGAUGGGCUUCAGGGGCGACACGAAGUUCAUUGUAGAAGGUGUGGUGCCAGAUCUUUUCCAUGUCAUCCCAGUUGGUAACAAUUCCGUGCUCAAUAGGGUACUUCAACGUGAGGACACCUCUCUUUGCCUGGGCUUCAUCUCCGACAUAAGCAUCACGCUGUUCCAUUCCCACCAUGAUACCGGGUUGGCGAGCACGACCGAUCAAAGAAGGGAAGACAGAUCGAGGAGCAUCAUCUCCAGCGAAACCGGCUGCAACAAUAUAUUUUAUAUUUUUCG